GAUGGUAGUGGUUGAUGGUGAUGGAGGGGGUGCUGCUGGUGGUGGCAGUGGAGGUGGCGGUGAUGGAGGUGGCAGUGAUUGUGGUGGCUGGUGGUGGAGGUGGCCAUGACGGCAGUUGGUGGUGACAGAGGUGACACUGACGGUGGCAGGGGGACAGCACUUUCCCUUGACCCGCGCUCAGACAGAAGCUGCACCUGGCCGAGAGCCCCGACCCCGAGGACGCGGCAGCCGGACCCUGACCCCGCGCGCGGCCCGGCUGGGGAGAGGGAAAGGGGGGCCGCCACCAGGACCCCCCACCAGGACCCCCCACCCCCGGGAACCCCACAGCGGGGCCAUCCUCCCCGCGGAAGGGCCGAGAGAGGCGACAGCGGUCACACAGAGCGGGGCCGCCGGGUCCUGUCGUCGUCCCCCGCCCUCAACCCACCGCCGCCAUUUUGGUGGGACCCUCCGUGACGGGGGGGCGGGACGGGCCCUGGCGGCGCGGCCGGAUGACGUCAUCAGGCGGCGCCCCCUCCCGUUGUCCCGGCCAUGGCGGCGGCGCUGGGGCCGCAGGCGGAGGCGGAGGGGUGGCGGCAGCUGCUCCGUGCUGUCACCCGCCUGCAGGCCUGCGUGAGGGGUUACCUGCUGCGGAAGCGGUUCCGGAGCCUGCGGGCAGAGUACGAGGAGGUGGUGCGGGACAUCGAGGGGGACCUGAGCCAGCUGCAGUGGAGGGGACACAUCCUGCCACGGCCCGUGUUCCUCCCCGAGAAGCCAACGCAGGGGACAGGUUCAGGUCCGCAGGAGGCUGUGCCACACCAGGAGGUUGUACCACGGGACGAGGCUGUGCCACACAAGGAGGCUGUACUGCAGGACGAGGCUGUACCACACAAGGAGGUUGUACUGCAGGACAAGGCUGUGCCACACAAGGAGGUUGUACUGCAGGACAAGGCUGUGCCACACAAGGAGGUUGUACUGCAGGACAAGGCUGUACCACACAAGGAGGUUGUACCGCGGGAUGAGGCCAGCACAGAAAACCCACAGAAGGAGCUGGCCACCUCUGAACCAGAACGGGACUGGGGCCGCAGCGGUGAGAAACCUACAGCCCAGCUGCAGAGCAAGAAAGAACUGAGCUCCAGGGGUGAAGGCGAUGGAGUGAGGCCCCCAAAUCCCAGGGGUGAUGCCGAUAAAUGCACUGAAAAGGGGUGCAGUGCCCCAGCAGAGAGCCAGGAGUGGCAAAAUGACAGCAGUGUCCUGGAGGCAGAGUCCCUUGAAGCCUGUCUGGGAAUUCCACUUGAGGAAAUCAAGCAGCUUCCUCGGACUCGGUCAGGUCUCCAGUCCUACAGAAACCACUUGAUCAUGGAGCUGACGUGGUUGCAACAAGCUAUUGUCAGCCGUAAAAACUACUUGAUGCUGAAACAGAGGUUGGGGACUCCAGAUCUGUAGGAGGGCAUUCCCAAGUACGUGGGGCAUUUGUGGUGUUAUGAAGAAGCAGUGGAGCUGCAGCACUGCGGUCGUGACAUGACCUCAUGGACAGCAGCAGCUGAGGAGAACUCCAGCUCCGUGGGGUGACGUUUUCCACUUCAGAUGAAUGUGGCGAGAAAGCCUUUUAUUUUUUUAAAAUGUGAAUAUUUGGUCAAACACAUCUCUGUGUGUGGCAGAGCCACCUGGAGAGAGCACCAGGUGCUUCAGGGAGCAAGGAAGGACUUAUUCAAGUUCAGGGGCGUUUAUGGUCUCUCAGAAAGAGACUUUCCACAUGGUGCUGUGGUUCCUGACUGUGACCCUAACUCUUCUGUGCAAACACUCUGUUUUCCUGCUGACUGAAUGGUCACUCUUCCCAUGUGGCAGAUGGAUCUUUCUGUUGCUUGGUGAUGCUGACUUUUUUGUGAAUAAAAAGCUUUCCUGAA